GUCCACGAAGAGUCGGCCGUCGGCGGUCGGGAAAUGCCGCCAGCGCAUCUGGGCAAACGUCAGAGUGUUCGGAGCUUCGUACGGAGACGGUUCGUCAGACUCGUUACUCGUUCGCCUCGCUCCGUGAUUUCGACGAAUGUGACUGACCGCUGGUGAUGUCUCGUGUUGCCUGUGCAAUCCACGGAAAGAUGUCGAAGCUCUUAGGUAUUCUUCUGCUAGUCGCCGGAGCGAACUGCAUGUACGCCUCCAAUUCAGCUGUCAUUGAUCUUAAACCAAAUAAUUUUGAUAAUUUAGUGUUAAAUAGCGAUCACAUUUGGGUCGUUGAAUUCUAUGCGCCAUGGUGCGGACACUGUCAACAAUUGAUGCCCGAGUAUGACAAAGCGGCUACUGCAUUAAAGGGUAUUGUGAAAGUUGGUGCAGUAAAUGCCGAUGAACAUAAGUCUUUGGGAGGUAAAUAUGGCGUUCGUGGUUUUCCAACGAUUAAGAUAUUUGGACUUGAUAAAAAGCCAGAAGAUUAUAAUGGUCCAAGAACUGCAGCUGGUAUUGUUGAUGCUGCGUUAAAUGCUGCCAAUCAAAAAGCUCGAAAAGCAUUAGGUGGUAAAAGUUCUGGAAGUGACUCCAAGAGCAAGGAUUCCAAAGAUGUAAUAGAAUUGACAGAUGGAAACUUUGACAAAACUGUUUUGAAUUCGGAGGAUAUGUGGCUAGUUGAAUUCUAUGCUCCUUGGUGCGGCCAUUGCAAGAAUCUGGCACCUGAAUGGGCAGCAGCAGCUACCGAGCUAAAAGGCAAAGUCAAAUUGGGAGCUUUGGAUGCCACUGUAAACACAUUGAAAGCCAGUGAAUAUGAGAUCAAAGGUUACCCUACCAUUAAAUUCUUCGCGCCAGGCAAAAAUGCUGAUUCGGUACAAGACUAUGACGGCGGUCGCACGAGCGGCGAUAUCGUUAACUGGGCGCUUGAGAAAUUAGCUGAAAAUAUUCCAACGCCAGAAAUAGUACAAAUUACAUCCGAGCAGAAGCUGAAAUCCGCUUGCGAAGACAAGCCGAUUUGCGUAGUUUCCGUUCUACCACAUAUUUUGGAUUGUCAGUCUGAUUGCAGAAAUGGAUACUUAAAAACUCUGACCAGUCUCGGCGAGAAGUAUAAAAAGAAAAUGUGGGGAUGGGUUUGGACUGAAGCUGGUGCUCAACCGAACAUUGAAGAUGCAUUAGAAAUCGGAGGUUUUGGUUAUCCUGCAUUAGCAGCUGUCAAUAUCAAAAAGAUGAAGUAUUCCUUACUAAAAGGUAGUUUCUCAUAUGACGGAAUAAACGAAUUUCUACGAGAUUUGAGUUACGGCAGAGGUGGUACUGCGCCCUUGAAAGGUGCUCAAUUGCCUAUCAUCCUCGAAACUACACCUUGGGAUGGCAAAGAUGCCGAACCUCCACAGGAAGAAGAAAUAGAUCUCAGCGAUGUUAAUCUAGACGAAAAAGACGAACUCUAACUUAUUCAAAGUCAAUGGCUGAAUUCUUCUUAGAAAAGAAUUUACCGCACACGAAGUAUAUUGUUUCUGAUAAAACUGAUUAAGGGCUGAUUAAGGGUUAAUCGUGGUUCGGUAUACAAGUCAUACUCGCCCAAAAAUUUAUUUUGUAUCAUCAGACUUAACAUCUAUAUAUACUUAAAAGUCUACAUCGAUUAAUUUUGUAUGAAAACUCUUAACAUUGCUAUAUAUAAGACGUAAUCAUUUGUCGCUUUGUGUAUCCUAAGGAAGACCAGUUCUCAGGUGCAGUUACCCAGUUUUUUAUAUAAAAAAAUACACGUUUAAGUAACUCUUCCAUUUGAAAGCCAAUUUUAUACAAUCUUGUCUGUGUUGCUUUAAGUAAAGCUUAGACUAUCAUAAAUGUAUAUAAUUGUCAUAUUGUUUGCAUAUCAUUCUUCAUGUGUUUGGAUAGGAAAGAGAUAGAGCAAUUCCAGUAUGCGCUCCGUGUGUUAUAAUGCAUUUAUUAGCCCAUUUACUUUUUAUAGAAAAAGUAGGUUGUUUAAGAUACACAUAGUUUAUGUAAAAAAAUCCUAUUUAUAAUAAAUAUACAUCAUACAUUUA